GGCCUGCAGAGCGGCCAGACCAUCGCGCUGCCGGCGCAGGGCCUCAUCGAGUUCCGCGACGCGCUGGCCAAGCUCAUCGACGACUACGGGGCCGAGGACGACGAGCUGUCGGGCGGCCCGGGGGGCGGCGGGCCGGGGGCCGGCCUGUACGGGGAGCUCCCCGAGGGCACCUCCAUCACGGUGGACUCCAAGCGCUUCUUCUUCGACGUGGGCUGCAACAAGUACGGCGUGUUCCUGCGGGUGAGCGAGGUGAAGCCGUCCUACCGCAACGCCAUCACCGUGCCCUUCAAGGCCUGGGGCAAGUUCGGGGGCGCCUUCUGCCGCUACGCGGACGAGAUGAAGGAGAUCCAGGAGCGACAGCGGGACAAGCUUUACGAGCGCCGCGCGGCGGGCAGCGGCGGCGGCGACGAGUCGGAGGGCGAGGAGGUGGACGAGGAUUGAAGCGCGCGGCCUCCCCGCCCCGCCGCCGUCCCCGUGCCUAGCGAGCUCUCUCUCCCGCUCGUCCGCAGUGAGCUGGGGGGGAGAGCAGGGGAGGCCGCCGCGAGCCAACAAAAAAA